GCCGGCGGGGUGAGCUGCCCCGCGCCGCGAGGAGGUGGCGGCGGCGGACGCGCCAUGGCCUCGGUAAAGGUGGCCGUGCGGCUCCGGCCCAUGAACCGCAGGGAAAAAGACCUGGAUGCUAAAUUUAUUAUUUCAAUGGAAAAAAAUAAAACGACAAUCACAAAUUUAAAAAUUCCAGAAGGUGUAACUGGAGACACAGGAAGGGAACGGACUAAAACAUUUACCUAUGACUUUUCCUAUUUCUCAGCAGACAGUAAAAGCCCAAACUAUACAUCUCAAGAAAUGGUUUUCAAAAAUCUUGGCACAGAUGUUCUCAAAUCUGCUUUUGAAGGUUAUAAUGCUUGUAUUUUUGCAUAUGGACAGACUGGAUCUGGGAAGUCCUACACUAUGAUGGGAAACGCAGGUGAUGUUGGUUUAAUACCUCGAAUUUGUGAAGGAUUGUUCAGCAGAAUAAAUGAAAAGACAAGAUGGAAUGAGGCGUCCUUCCGAACAGAAGUCAGUUAUUUGGAAAUCUAUAAUGAACGUGUGAGAGAUCUUCUUAGGCGGAAGUCUUCAAAAACAUAUAAUUUAAGAAUACGAGAACAUCCAAAAGAAGGGCCUUAUGUUGAGGAUUUGUCCAAACAUUUAGUACAGAAUUAUACGGAUGUAGAUGAACUUAUGGAAGCAGGAAAUAUAAACCGAACCACUGCUGCAACUGGAAUGAACGAUGUUAGCAGCAGGUCUCAUGCCAUUUUCACGAUCAACUUCACUCAGGCUAAAUUUGAUUCUGAGAUGCCUUGUGAGACUGUUAGCAAGAUUCAUUUGGUAGAUCUUGCUGGAAGUGAGAGAGCAGAUGCCACUGGUGCUACAGGGGUUAGAUUAAAAGAAGGAGGGAAUAUUAACAAAUCUUUAGUUACUCUGGGAAAUGUCAUUUCUGCCUUAGCUGAUUUAUCUCAGGAUGUAACAAAUUCUCUUGCAAAGAAGAAGCAAGUAUUUGUGCCUUACAGGGACUCUGUGUUGACCUGGCUGUUGAAAGACAGCCUAGGAGGAAACUCAAAAACUAUAAUGAUUGCCACUAUUUCACCUGCUGAUGUCAAUUAUGGAGAAACCUUAAGUACACUGCGAUAUGCAAAUAGAGCCAAAAACAUCAUCAACAAGCCUACCAUUAAUGAGGAUCCUAAUGUCAAACUAAUUCGUGAGCUGCGAGCUGAAAUAGCCCGAUUGAAAACCUUGCUUGCUCAAGGGAAUCAGAUUGCACUCUUGGAUUCUCCUACAGCUUUAAGUAUGGAGGAGAAGCUUCAACAGAAUGAAGCAAGAGUACAGGAGCUUACCAAAGAGUGGACAAACAAGUGGAAUGAAACUCAGAACAUCCUAAAAGAACAAACCUUAGCUCUUAGAAAAGAAGGAAUUGGUGUUGUUUUAGAUUCUGAACUCCCUCACUUAAUUGGCAUUGACGAUGAUCUUCUCAGUACUGGUAUCAUUUUGUAUCACUUGAAGGAAGGACAAACCUAUGUUGGUAGGGAAGAUGCUGCAACAGAGCAGAAUAUUGUUCUUCAUGGCCUUGAUUUGGAAAGUGAGCACUGCAUCUUUGAAAAUCUCAACGGGACAGUGACUCUAAUACCACUGCAUGGAGCACAGUGUUCUGUGAAUGGAAUUCAGAUUACAGAGGCCACGCAACUAAACCAAGGUGCUGUUAUAUUACUUGGGAGAACCAAUAUGUUCCGCUUUAAUCAUCCCAAAGAAGCUGCCAAACUGAGGGAAAAAAGAAAGAGUGGACUGCUGUCUUCCUUCAGCUUGUCCAUGACAGAUCUUUCCAAAUCUUGUGAGAACCUCUCAGCUGUUAUGCUUUAUAAUCCUGGUCUUUUCCCUGUAAAAGGACCAAUCUGUUUAAGACUAGAAUUUGAGAGACAGCAACGAGAAGAGCUAGAAAAAUUAGAAUGUAAAAGGAAACAGAUCGAAGAAAUGGAAGAAAAACAAAGGUCUAACAAGGCAGAGCUGGAAAGGAUGCAACAAGAAGUAGAAACACAGCGCAAAGAAACAGAGAUAGUGCAACGGCAGAUCCAAAAGCAAGAAGAGAGCUUGAAACGACGAAGUGUUCAUAUUGAGAGCCGAUUAAAGGACUUGUUGGCUGAAAAAGAAAAAUUUGAAGAAGAAAGACUACGGGAACAACAGGAGAUAGAACUUCAGAAAAAGAAACAACAGGAAGAAAUAUUUUCUAAAGUUAAGGAAGAGCUGCAGCGACUACAGGAACUUAAUCACAAUGAAAAAGCUGAGAAAAUGCAGAUUUUCAGAGAAUUGGAAAGACUUAAGAAGGAAAAGGAUGAACAGUAUAUAAAGCUGGAAUUGGAAAAAAAGAGGCUUGAAGAGCAAGAAAGGGAGCAAGUGAUGCUGGUAGCUCACUUAGAAGAACAACUUAGAGAAAAACAGGUUAUGAUACAACUGCUGAAGAGAGGAGAUGUGCAGAGGGUUGAAGAAGAGAAAAAGGACCUUGAAGAUAUUAGAGAAUCUCUCUUAAGAGUCAAGGAAGCCAGAUCUGAAGGUGAGGAAGACUGUGAAGAGUUAGAAAAAGCACAGCAUAAGUUUAUGGACUUUAAAAGAAAGCAGCUAGAACAGUUAACUUUUUUUGAGAAAGAUUUAGUUCAACAAAGAGAUCACCUGGAAAACGAAGUAGCAGAUGAACAUGAAGCUCUGGACUAUUUAAAAUGUAAACAUGAAGAACAGUUAAAUCUCCUCAUGAAAGAUGAAGACAAUGGCUUGGAUGCUGCCCUGCUGGCUGAAGAAUUUGACAAGAUAAGGCCGGCAGAAUACACACUACAGUAUAAAGAACGUCAGCUUCAAUACCUGACCAAUAAUCAUUUGCCAGCUUUGCUGGAAGAAAAGCAGAGAGCUUCUGAAGUCCUUGAGCGAGGUUUGCUAGGAUUAGAUAAUACUCUUUAUCAAAUUGAGAAAGAAAUAGAAGAAAAAGAAGAACAGCUUUCUCAGUUUAGAGCCAGCACAAACCAGCUCCAGCAGCUUCAAGAAACAUUUGAAUUCACUGCCAACAUAGCUCGUCAGGAAGAAAAAGUUCGGAAAAAAGAAAAAGAAAUUCUUGAAUCAAGGGAAAAACAGCAGAGAGAGGCACUAGAACAAGCUGUGGCCAAAUUGGAAAGAAGGCACUCAGCUUUGCAGCGUCGUUCCACAAUAGACCAUGAAAUUGAAGAGCAGAAACAAAAACUUGCAACUUUGAACAACAGCUGUAGUGAACAGGCAGGUCUUCAAGCUAGUCUAGAAGCUGAACAUAAAGCCUUGGAACAAGAUAGAGAACGGCUGGAUCAGGAAAUUCAGCAGCUAAAACAGAAAAUUUAUGAAGGUGAUAGUAUUCAAAAACCUUAUUAUGGAACAACAGAAGAAAGAAUCUCUCUCACCAGUUCCCCUACCAGCCCUUCAAAGUCCCAGUCCCAUUUGAUUCCACCAGUUGAUGACAGAUUGAGUGCAUUUAUUGAAGAAGAAGUUCAGAGGCGUCUUCAGAAAAUUCACCAUGAAGAUAACCGGAUGAGCCUGUCCCAAUGUACAGAAGUUCUAAAGGAUAAUGAGAAGCUUCAUAACGGUACUGUUCAACGCAAGCUGAAGUAUGAGAAAAGACAACCUUGGCAGCUACAUUGUAGCCUACCGGUUAUUUCUCAAGAUGACGCCAGUGGUUCUAAUUCAACUGGAGAAAAAUCAAGGACAGAUCUCAAAAAACAGGAUGACUGUUUAGAGAUGUGGAAUUUAUUUUCUGUUACUAGAAGAAUCUUUUUCCCUUUCACAUCACAAGCAAGAGUUUGGAAUGAAAAGAACGAUUUAGAACAGGAAUGCUUUUCCUGCCAGUUUGGUAGUGAAUACAAAGUGAAUCCCAGUAACAGUAAUAGUAUUUAUAAUAGGGUGAACAUUAAUUCUCAGAACAUAACACAUGCUUCUGUGCAAAAUCAAGACAUAGUCAACAUGGAACAUUUACAGCAUAAAAUGACAAAUCUCAAGAACGUUGAACAUGCAGAGUUUUCUUCUAAGGACCAAGACAGCUCAAAUGCUGAAUCUGAUCAUUCCUACUUGCAACGUAUGUGUGCCUUACAACCUUUAGCCUGUGCUAAUGAGAAGGCUAGUUUUAACAGCCUGUCUAGCUUUAAUCUGCCUCAGUCCAAUAUACUUCCCGAAGUAGCUGUAGAAGAGAACGUUUUAUUUAACACGGUGCACCUGACAAUGCAAGAUGAGCCCUAUGUUUCUUAUCUGCAAGUUGAUAAAGACCUAGAUAUUAACACAAUAAGAGCCUCCAAAUCAAAGGCAGCAUAUUCUGAUACAAGAUCAGAACAGAGCUAUGGUUUUGGAUAUCUUUUCAGCAAACUUUCUGGUCUUUACAAAGAUGCUAGUGAUCAGCUGCACUGGAGUACUCAGAUUAUUAACCAAAUAAAAGAAAUGAGCAUUCAGUAUGAGAAAAGUGAGAGAUGUGCACAAAUAAUAGCAUUGCUGAAAAAUUUGCCAUUUAUGAAAAAGUUACAGGUAGAUGUGCCCUUCAAAUCAGAUUUAAAGCAAGCAAAGCCUCUCUCUACUGUGCAGGCCAAAGCUCAUAGUGAUGACACCACUGAGCCAGAAAAUCUCCCGCAAGCUGAGGAUACAAACAUGUGUGUAUUCCCCAGAGUCUUAAACAUAAACACAAAAAAUGCAUCUGAAGGCUCAGUUCAGGAGUUUAGAAAUGAAGUACCGGAAAAUACUCUUAUAUUAAGGCAAACAAUUGUUGACUUUCCAGAGAAAUUACUGAGGCUUCAAGCUGGUUCUCUGGAAAGACAAGUGGAGCGUGUGAUCUGUGCCUUACCCCAAAUUUGUGUCAGUAUGGCAGAAUUAAAAGGCAUAUACUGGCUUGCUGUUGGCAAUUGCAAAAAUCCUGAUCCUGUGCCUGCGUGUUUGCUUUUGUUCAGUUCCACUCUGUACGCUGCUGUUGUUUCAGUAAACCAGCAAGACUAUUGCCAGGAUUCCCUGGUGAUUUUUCAUAACAUCCCAAUUGCCAUGAUAAGGGAGAUUCAAAUUGGUUUUGCUGGGCAGAGUAUCAGGCUUCUGUGUUCUACUGAAGAUAAUUUACUCACAAUAUUUACUUGUAACAAGCACCUCACUCAGAGGAUAUGCCGUGACAUACUGAGUAUUUUGAUUUCCGUGUCGGACAACCCUGAUUAUUUAAAUCACAAGCUGCUGAAAGAGGAUUUGUUGCAGCUUUCACUUGACUGGACGUGUGAAGUCACAGACUUACUUUUUUCAAGUGGCCUACGGUUGUCCUGCCAAUUUAGGACUAUGCUAGCUGAUCUAGUCUAUUUACUCCAUGAAAAUAUGGAAAACAAUAAACCCCCUUUAGGAGAUAUUUGUGUACUGCUCUAUACCACAGUGAAAAUAGACUGUUCUAAAGAAAUGACCUACAGAUCACUUGUUCUUACAUCUACUCAUAUAGGACUCAUAAAAGAAGACAGUGUGUUUUACCCUAUUCCUAGUUUUUUGUGUACUUCACCUCCAAACUCACAGUUUAGCAAAAUUCAGGUAUAUUCUUUGAAAGAGCUCCGGUGUAUAACUAUCCUAGAUAAAGAGGAUUUAACAAAAAUUGAGCUUGUCUUUUCUAAACACAAAAAGGUUGGAUCUGAUUCAGCAAGCAGUUUUUCUAAACCACGCCUAAAAGAGACGCAUAUCCCACUAACAGUUACACUACCGUUUUUUCAAGAGGGUUCACAGGUUCCAUCAGAAAUCUGGAAAUUAACUUUUAGUUCAGAUGAAGACGCCAUUGGGUUAAUUAUGUAUUUGACUGGGCGUUGAGAUCCGAAUGCAUUUUGGAUAGUACAAAAGUACAGGCUAAAGCACUUUUGCUUACCUAAUAGUAAUAAAUAAAUAAUAAAUAGUGAUUAAAAAGUGUGUGUAAGACAAUAUGACAGGGCUCCUGUGUAUCUCACCUAGUAGCAGUUGGUUGUUUGCUUUGUGUAGGUCUGUAAUAUACUUUUUGAAAAGGCAAAGAAUUUAUAAAAUAUUCCUAUUU